AUGGAAACGACGGCAGAUGUUUUGUGUAUCCGGAAACUACGACUCUUCCGCGCCGCCUUGACCUUGACCCUCGACUACCUCAAUUAUGCCAACACGUCGAUGGAGCUGGAGAUCCUCAGUUGCCGUGCCAAGGAGUGGUGCACGGCAUACUACCAGGGACAUGAAAUCUUCGCGGGCCUACCAAAGGAUCUCUUUGAAUUCAUGCCGUUGUUCUUCUUCUUCAGAAUACCGUCUUGGUACCGGAUGGAUGCGCCGGCACGGGGGCUCCGUGCCUGGAGAGUAGAUCUCUUUGCCGACGAUCCAAGCAUGAGAUCUGUCGUCGUACAAAAAACGGAACUAGGCAGCCGAAUCUUGGACGAGAUCAUCAGAGAGCACGGAAGCAAUCAGCCUGGAAGAAAUCGCCAACACACCAAUUUCUACGGUAGAGAUCGCUACACGCAGCACCGCAUCCCUUUCAACGCCGAGGACUUGCGAAAUACACCACUCAUGUACCACCUCCCCCAAAUCGUAUACUACAUCUCAACCCUCGACGGCUCCGUGCUUGACACCAAGGAUCCGCUGUUGCUCCUCGAUCCGCCGUGCGGAGAUACGAUGGCCAAGUUGGUACGCAAGUAG